UAAUUCCAUUUGACUUGCUGUCAAUACACUUUAGCAUAAUUAUUAUUUUUGAAUGUUAAUUUGAAAUGUUCGAUUUAUAACAGCCGUAUUCAUUUUUAAUGAUCAAAAAAAUUCCAUGGACAUAACUGCAGAUGUUGCUUAAUAUUUAUUUCUAGGAAUUCUAACGAGGACAGAUAUAAAAGAAAAGCGUGGUAUUUACUCCAGCAAUCUUCAUUCAAAAUUUUCUUUGACGUGUUCUAAAUCGAGGGUUCGCGGUUCAAACGAAACGAGCAGCGUUCUAGGGAAGCCUCAAUUUUGUACAGAAAUGUAAUACAUCAAGGGAGAUAAUCAAUAACCUACUGAAUAUUACUGAAAUGUGCCUAUUGUAAACACGGACGCGCAACCAAAUUUAGCUUCAAUAUUUCCACUUGCAGAAGCACAAGUUAAGCACAAUUCACAUGUUAAGCUCGACACUAUUCGAAACAAACGUGGAGACAUUAAAAGGGGGUGUUUUGAUUUCCAGUUCAUAAUGCGAACAUACUUUAAUACUUGCUGAAAUUUUGUCAAUAAUGUCUUAAAUAAUGGAAUCGAAUAACACGAAUUGGAAUAUCACCAUUGCUUAAUUUUACAGUAGACCCAACGUUCUUGUUCAGUUUUAUAAAUGCAUUUGUUUUACAAAAAUGCGCAUUAGUCUUUUUGAUGCAUUAACAGAUCUUUUCGAUGUUUCAAACGUCCUGUACUUGGUUAGGUGCAAAAUGUAUUUUCUAGACGCCCCGGUAGAUAGCUUGCACAAAAUGCCCACGGUUAAAAUUUUGAAACACUGUUACCGCGUACCUUCGUAUGCGUCGUUACUUUUUUUGUUAAAAUAUUUAAAAUAAGAUAAAAUAUGCAGCAUGUCUGAAAUGAACAUGGAUAUCCUUGCCACAGCGGUUGAAAGAAAUAUUGAAUUAUAAUGAAUACUAAAAGUAAUCAAGUUAAAAUAUGAAAAGUAGAAGGUAUUUUUAAUUAACAUUUCCUACUUUUCUUCUGCCUACAAAUGUUACAUAACACCAAUUAAAAUGAUGCAUGUCAGAUAAUAUCGCAGAUAAUCUCAUAUCAAUUUUAUCAACAAAUGUUAAGUAAUUAUGAAAUGGACUGGAAAAAAUCAAGGAACCGUAGGAGCGUAUGAAACUUUAUUUAAAGCAUUUUAUUUCAAGCUCUAUGAAUUAAAAAGCCACAUUUUAAUCCCUUCAGGAGUAUGUGGGAUCCUCGGAUAUCUAUUGCAAUGUAUGUCAUUAUAACAAGUUAAAAUACUUAUUUUCUGAACUGCGUAUGCAUCCUGUUGAAUUAAGCGAGUUAUGUCGGGCUAACUGCCGUAGAUUAGGGUGAAGGUGCAUAUGGACGUGUACUUGGACAUUUCAGAUGUGAGUUGCAGCGGGACGGAGGCGGUUCCAGAAAAAAAAGCUGUUUCCGUUUGUCUUGUGACCGUCAAAGAACCAAUCAGCAAGCGUCUUUCGUUUAUCUCUGUCUGGAAGCUAAAUAGGGCACAGAGAGGAUCUGAUCGCGCUGCUCGGAAAUGUGCGAGCACAAUCUGCUAAAUUCAGGCUAUGUCGGCUCCCUGUUAAAUUUUACCAGCCCGGAGCCCUUCUACUUCGCCAAUCUGCGUCCGAAUGGGACUCAACUAGCAACUCUGUCGCCAGCACUCUCCUAUACCCGUCGGGAGGUGUGCUCGCUCCCGUGGACUUCGAGUCCAUGCGCAUCGCCGCCGCAGAGCCGCGCCUUUAGCGGCUACUCUCAGUCCUACCUCAGCAACUCAGUCUCCAUCAGCAUCAAUAAGCAUGGAUCAGAGAAGGCAGCAGCCGGCGAAGAGCCGAACAAAUACUACUUCCAAGACAGCAGCCGCAAACUGGAAGAGAGAUGUAGACACAAUCAGUCUUAUCCAAGUGAUUCCAGCAUCCCUUCUUCAGUCAACAUCAAUGCUUCCAAGUAUGAGUACCCAAACGUGGAAACAUCUCUACAUGGCUCGUCAUUACAUAACCAAGGCUUUGAAUUGAAUUCCAACUCUCCCACUGUAAAUGAUGGUAUCAAGCAAAGUGUGAGCCUCAGUAUGUCAUUACAGUCACCAGUAACGCCAGUAUGCAACAGAUCCUCCGAUGGGCUGCCCUGGUGUCCAACCCAAGUGAGGUCAAGACGGAAACGUAAACCGUACACAAAACAGCAAAUAGCUGAACUUGAAAAUGAAUUUCUGGCGAACGAGUUCAUCAAUCGACAGAAGAGGAAGGAAUUGUCCGAUAGACUGAAUCUGAGCGACCAACAAGUAAAAAUCUGGUUUCAAAACCGGCGUAUGAAAAAGAAAAGGCUUGUAAUGCGCGAACAAACACUCUCACUCUUUUAGGCCAAAGUA